GCGAAGGUGGCGCUGGGUGCGGUUGGUCGCUAGGCAGCUUCCGGAGUUCAGUAUAGAAAAGCGGAUAAAACGGAGCAGGUGCGGUGAGGACCCCAGAAGAAUGUUGCUGAAAACAGUGCUCUUGCAGGCCCUGGUGGGCCAGGUGCUGCUGCUGGAGAACGGGCUCCUGCGGACGCCACCCAUGGGCUGGCUGGCCUGGGAACGCUUCCGCUGCAACAUCGACUGUCAUGAGGACCCCAAGAACUGCAUCAGUGAGUGGCUGUUCAUGGAGAUGGCUGACCGGCUGGCCCAGGACGGAUGGCGGGACCUGGGCUACGUGUACCUCAACAUCGACGACUGCUGGAUUGGCGGCCGUGAUGACCAGGGCCGGCUUGUGCCUGACUCCAAGCGCUUCCCCCACGGCAUCGCCUUCCUGGCCGACUACGCUCACUCCCUGGGCCUGAAGCUGGGCAUCUAUGAGGACAUGGGCAACUUCACCUGCAUGGGGUACCCAGGCACCACGCUGGACAAGGUGGAACUGGACGCAAAGACCUUUGCCAGCUGGAAGGUGGACUUGCUGAAGCUUGAUGGCUGCUAUUCCACGUCCGAGGAGCGGAGCCUGGGGUAUCCCAAGAUGUCUGCCGCCCUGAAUGCCACAGGCCGCCCCAUCGCCUUCUCCUGCAGCUGGCCAGCCUACGAGGGGGGCCUCCCCCCCAAGGUGAACUACAGCCUUCUGGCUGACAUCUGCAACCUCUGGCGCAACUACGACGACAUCCAGGACUCCUGGAAAAGUGUGCUGUCCAUCGUGGACUGGUUUGUGAAGCACCAGGACGUCCUGCAGCCAGUGGCUGGCCCUGGGAGCUGGAACGACCCAGACAUGCUGCUCAUAGGGAACUUUGGACUCAGCUUCGAGCAAGCCCGGUCCCAAAUGGCCUUGUGGACGAUACUGGCAGCCCCCCUCUUCAUGUCCACAGACCUGCGUACCAUCUCACCCCAGAACAUGGACAUCCUGCAGAAUCCACUCAUGAUCAAAAUCAACCAGGAUCCCUUGGGUAUCCAGGGACGCAGGAUUCUUAAGGAAAAAUCUCACAUUGAAGUGUUCAAGCGGCCGCUGUCUGGGGAGGCCAGUGCCCUGGUCUUCUUCAGCCGCAGGACGGACAUGCCUUACCGCUACCACUCCUCCCUGUCGCAGCUGAACUACACCGGCUCCAAGGUCUACGAGGCCCAGGAUGUGUUCUCAGGUGACGUCAUCAGCGGCCUCCGGGAUGAAACCAACUUCACAGUGAUCAUCAACCCUUCAGGGGUCGUGAUGUGGUACCUGUAUCCCAUCAAGAGCAUAGAGAUAUCUCAGUCGUGAAGGGCUGGGCCAUGUGACAGGCUGUGGCCGCCCCAGAGCCCAGACCCUGGAGCCACGGCAUGCUGAGGGCAGGUGGGCAGGGCUCUGCUGCCUCGGGCCCGCUCAUCCACAUGACCACACCAAACCCAAAGUGCCAUCUCGACGCCAGUUCCCAGGCCCUCUCAGACACUUCUCUUGGGGUGAUUUCCUGCGGCCUCCUCGCCUCCACCUCAGUUCCACAGCCCCGCGGAUGUUGCUGAGCGCUCGGCUGGCCUCCUGAGCCCCGGCGUGCAGGGGCGCGGAUGCUCGUCAGGACUCUAGCCUCAGAAUCAGGAUUCGGAAUCUUUGUGAUUAGGAGUCGCGCUCUGGCCUCUUGGAUUGUGUGACUGGCUCUCCUGCCUGGAGAAGGCCGUGCAGGCCGGAACCGCUGUGAGGGAGGGGCAGGACGAGACUGGCUCCCUCAGCUCGCCAAUAAAGUUGCUGUUUAGUCAA